AUUUUUAAAAUAAAUACUAAUGCUUUUAUCAUUUAUAAAUGGUUUGGAUGCUAUUUUGUUCUUUAGUCUGUUGUUGGGUUUUAUUAAAAUGAGGUAAAUUUAUUUUGAAGCAUUAUUUUUUAGUGUUCUGCAUCAGACUAUACAUCUUCUGUUCCUAAGGAAGCAUUCGUUUCCUUUAAACUUAGAUGAGAAUCUCGGUUCCCUGAAAAAUUGGAGGACUUCCAAGUAAUAGGAAUCCUCCCUCAUUGGACUACUCCAUUCCCAUUCCAGUUAAUAUUUAGAAUGUAAGCCAUCAGUAUACUGGUGUAACUAGUAAUGUUCAUUUCUGAUUUAUAACAAACUUCCAUUAGCUUCUUGAAAAAUGAUAAGUUGAAUUUUGAAGCCAACCUCUUUCAGAUAAAAAUUGCCUUUAUUAGUAGAUCUGUCAUCUUUGGAAAUGGUUUUCCAUAUUCAUUUAAACAAAAUUGAUUUACUACAAUUUUUAAAGUUCUUUAGCACUUCUAAAAAUGGUUUCCUUUUCAUGUAAAUGUAGAAAUAACUAAAUCAAUACAUUUUGUGAUAAAUAGGAAUAUGAAGUUUUUGUAUAUUUGCUUUACUGCGUGUAAAGCAUGAUGGAUCUUUCUACUCAUAUUAAUGAAUUCUAUGUAUCUGUUGUUGUAGUCCUAGAAAUACUUUUUACACCAUUGCAUGUCUGCUUCUUCUACUUUCCUGUUGCCCAUUUGAAGUGUUAGGUACUCAUAGCAACCUCUUGUGGACCUUUAGUGGACCUUUUUCUCUUCCAUUUUGAAUAAAUUUUGCAGUUUCAUUGUUUUGCCACCAGCCUUUUAGGUUUAUUCUAAGCAAAAUGGGUCAGACUUUUGAAGACCUUAUUUUCUUUUUAGUGUUUAUCUAAAUAUUCUCACAUUUUAUUCAUCCUAAAUUGAAUUCAUUUUAUACCUACGUGUAGUGUUUUAUGUUCAUCACUGCAUUUUUUUUUUUUAAGCCUGUAGUUGGUAACCACAAUUUUCUUGUUAAAGAAUAGAUUUCUAGGACUGGGGAUUUAGCUCAGUGGCACUGCGCCUGCCUCACAAGCACAAAGUCCUGAGUUUGCUCCCCGGUACCGGGAAGAAAAAAAAAAAAUAGAUUUCUAAAAAUCUCAUUUGCAUUUUUUUAUCAUAGUAGCACACAUUACAACUAGAUCACUUUGCACACUAGAAUGUAUUUAAUUAUGGUUUCUGUUAUUAUAUAAAUAUAUUUUAUAGCACAUUCUCACCCCCAGUGUUACAAUAUAAAUACAGAAUUGUAUAACUAGUUAUAAAUGAUGAAUUAAGAAAAAAAUUAUAGCUUUGUUUUCCUGAAAAUUUCAAAGGGAAAGCUAAGUUUUGUAAGAAAAAUAGAGAACUAUAUAAUUUGCUCUAAGUUGAGAACUUAAUGAAAAAAGAUAUUAGAUGAAGGAAGAUAAUGUAUGCUUUUAAAAAUCACGUAUUCACUCAGUAAGAAAUAAGACUAGAUUUUUUUAAAUUAUACACAAAAACUGCAGAUUUGAUACAUCAUACAAAGGAAAGCAUUUAAAUCGAUUUUGUUAUUACUAAUGUUUAAAAUGUGACAUGCUUAAAUUUGAGUGCAAACCAUAUAUGUUUAAUUUCAUUUUGUCUGACUAACAUUUCAAGUAAUUAUAGUUAAUCUCUCACUCCAUUUAAAAAAAAUUCUUUCAUGUUUGCUGUGUUUUUCUUUGCUCUGUUACCACUUUCAACUAACAAAAGAACAUUUCCUUUCCAUUCUUAACAGUGACUAUAGAUUAUUGAAUUUAGAUACAUUCCUAGGUGAAAACUGCCAUAGCAAUUUAAAAUGAUUUUUCCUUUUCUAUAUGUUUUGAUUACUUUGGGGGAGGGGUAAAUAAAUUUAACUUCUGUAAAGCCCCCCCCAUGAGAAAGUUAAUAUUAUGCUACUUUGGUACAAAAUUGGCUAUUGUCAUUUUCCAGGGACCUUUCACUUCUGUGAUUUCUCCUUCCCUCCCCACCAGGAAAGAAUGCCAUACUUAAGUCACACUGCCUCCAAGACAUCUGAUGCUUUGACACUCUUCCUUAGCACAACUCUGCCAAACCCAAAUCCCUUUUGUAAAACCCUUAUGUUGAUGAUCCACAUGGGGCAGCAGGGAUUACAGGUGCCAUGAAUAAAGGGGGGAUUUGAGCCCUGUUAGAGAGGGCUGGUGUUGAGAUGAACUAAUCCUAGUAGAGCAGUGGUUUUGAAUAUAAUUGGGAAUAAAAAUGAAAUUAUAGCAAGGAUAUUCUUUUUGAAAAAGAUAAUACCAAGCACAAAAAGGGGAGGGGAAACUAUUUUCAGUACCUUAAAAGGCCAGUUAAAAAUUGCUUUUUUGUUGGGGACCAGUGUUGAAGCAUCCUGACUCACCCUUGAAGACUCAUAUCUUUUCUAAAUGUUAUCUUUAAUUGAAUUCUGUAAAUUUUCUUUUAAAAUGAUACAGUGGAGCUUCUUAUAUCUAUAGUCUUAUGAUGUUUCUAGGUUGUUUAUUCUUUUGAUGGCUAAUAGCAUGAUAGACUGAGCAGUUUGUGCUUUCUUGAAUUUGGGAGGGUGGGUGCUUGUUUUGUUUUGUUUUAUUUUGAUGAAAUUAUUUAUGCCAACUAAAAUAUGACUGAGGAUUAAGUCUGGCAGGCAACUCUGUAUUUUGUAUUAGACUUCAAAAAUCUUUUCUUCUUCUUCUUCUUUUUUUUUUAAAUCCAGGAGAAUGCUUUAUUUCAACUUUUAGCUGACUAGAUGCUUAACUUAGUAACAAGUUUAGCCCUUGUAACUGGCUAGCUAAAAGCAAAUCGGCUUGUUUCUCAGAUCUUUGGGGGAUAGCAAGAAACAUUUGAGUGAAUGUUGUUGAAGAUUUUCAGUAGUAUAGAAAAUGAUGGCGCUCUUGUGAUAUUUCAAGCAAGGAUUUGGCACAGACAUCCUAUUUCAUGGCUACCAACAGUCUGCAUCUUACGACCUUCUGUCUGCAGUACAAACCAACAGUGAUAGCUUGUGUGUGCAUUCAUUUGGCUUGCAAAUGGUCCAAUUGGGAGAUUCCUGUGUCAACUGAUGGAAAGCAUUGGUGGGAAUAUGUAGAUCCUACAGUUACUCUAGAAUUACUAGAUGAGCUAACACAUGAGUUUCUACAAAUAUUGGAGAAAACGCCUAGUAGGUUGAAGAGGAUUCGAAACUGGAGGGCUGAUCAGCCGGUUAAGAAACCAAAAGUAGACGGACAAGUAACAAAGGCACCACUUCUUGGUUCAUCUUUGGUUCAGAAUUCCAUUUUAGUAGAUAGUGUCACUGGUGUACCAACAAACCCAAGUUUUCAGAAACCAUCUACUUCUGCAUUCCCUGCACCAGUACCUCUAAAUUCAGGAAAUAUUUCUGUUCAGGACAGCCAUACAACUGACAAUUUGUCAAUGCUAGCCACAGGAAUGCCAGGUACCUCAUAUGGUUUGUCAUCACACCAAGAAUGGCCUCAGCAUCAAGAAUCAGCAAGGACAGAACCAAUAUAUUCACAGAAACAGGAGACGUCUUUGUCUGGCACCCAGUACAACAUCAACUUCCAACAGGGACCUUCUAUAUCACUCCAUUCAGGAUUACAUCACAGACCUGACAAAAUUUCUGAUCAUUCUUCUGUUAAGCAAGAAUAUACUCAUAAAGCAGGGAGCAGUAAACACCAUGGGCCAAUUUCUGCUACUCCUGGAGUUAUUCCUCAGAAAAUGUCUUUAGAUAAAUACAGAGAAAAACGUAAGCUAGAAACUCUGGAUGUCGAUGUAAGGGAUCAUUAUAUAGCUGCCCAGGUAGAACAGCAACACAAACACACGCAGUCACAGGCAACAAGCAGCAGUUCUGUAACUUCUCCCAUUAAAAUGAAAAUUCCCAUCACAAAUACUGAAAAACCUGAAAAGUACAUGGCAGAAAAAAAGGAAAAGAGUGGAUCACUGAAAUUACGAAUUCCAUUACCACCCACUGAUAAAGGCACCAGUAAAGAAGAGCUGAAGAUGAAGAUAAAAGUUUCAUCCUCAGAAAGACACAGCUCUUCUGACAAAGGCAGUGGGAAGAGCAAGCAUUCGAGCCCACAUAUUAGCAGAGACCAUAAGGAAAAGCACAAGGAGCACCCUGCAAACCGCCACCACACCAGCAGUCACAAGCAUCCCCAUUUGCACAGUGGUGGCAGCAGCAGUGGCAGUAAACACAAUGCUGAUGGAAUACCACCCACUGUUUUGAGGAGUCCAGUUGGCCUGAGCAGUGAUGGCAUUUCCUCUAGUUCCAGUUCUUCAAGGAAGAAGCUGCAUAUCAAUGAUGCUUCUCACAACCAUCACUCCAAAAUGAGCAAAAGUUCCAAAAGUUCAGGUAGUUCAUCUAGUUCUUCCUCCUCUGUUAAGCAGUAUAUAUCCUCUCACAACUCUGUUUUUAACCAUCCCUUACCCCCUCCUCCCCCUAUCACAUACCAGGUGGGCUACGGACAUCUCAGCACCCUCGUGAAACUGGACAAGAAGCCAGUGGAGACCAACGGACCUGAUGCCAAUCACGAGUACAGUACAAACAGCCAGCAUAUGGACUACAAAGACACAUUCGACAUGCUGGACUCGCUGUUAAGUGCCCAAGGAAUGAAUAUGUAAUCAUUUGUUUAGGUCAAUUUUUCCUUUACUUUUUUAAUUUAAAAAUUGUUAGAAUGGAAAACUUCCUCCUGAUCUAGCAGUGGUAACACUUGCUGUUUCUGCCACUGCUUCAAUAUUUGUAAGUGCUGCUUUAUUCUUCAUUCUGAAAAGAAGAGAUUAUAGUAAACAAGUCUUUAUCUCCACAUAUGAUAGUGUUAUAAAUACUGUAAAAGCAUGGAAGGUGCAAAACUCAUUAUUUCUACAAUUGCAGCUAAGAACAUUAGGAUGAAUGCCUGGCUGCUUCUAGGAAUAUAAGAUGCCUCAAGCAUUAUUUAUAAUUUGAAUACUGUAGUUAUUUUUUGUUGUUGCUUGGCUUUUGAAUGAGUGAAAAUUGUUUUCUUUUGUGUAUUUAUACUUGUAUGUAUGAUUUGCAUGUUUCAAUGAUAAAGGGAUAAAACAGUAUACUGACAACUGUUUACAAGAAAGUGGAGGAAAAUGUACAUACAUUUUUGUAUGUUUAGAUAUUACCAUAAAUACUCAGGAUUGGAGCUGCUUGUAAGUAUAACAAUGUACAGAAUAACUUUAUUUUCUCUUGUCAGAGUCCAACACUAAUCUGAAACAAAGGUGGCACUUUUUCAUGUUAACCUUAAACUCUAGCCCUUACUGGAAGCCGCUGAAGAGAGGGACACUUCACUACCAGAUGGGUAUGCAGUGCCACAAGUGGGCCUUUACACUGUGAGGCACUCAGUUUUUGCCUUCAGAGGUCCUGACCAGAUUGGCCGCUGAAAUGGCCCCUAAUUCUCUGAAGGCUUGAAGAAGAAAAAAAUAAAGUUUACAUACUCUUGAUGUGAAGUGCAUUUAAAUGUCUGUUGGCUUAUUACAGUAUAAAACAGCUGUUAAUAAUUAUAUAGAUUACUGUGAUUUGAAAACUAAAUUCACAAAAACUUACAUAGUGAAGAAUUAGUAAGUUUUUCCUUGAACUUUAACACUACGUAUUUUAACAAUAAACAGGGAUCACUUUUCCUUUAGCAUUCAGAACGACACCAUAUUCUUAAAUACUCUCCUCCCCUGAAGCGUGUUUGUGUGUGAUGUCAUAUUUCUUUUUCAGGUAAAUGCAGUCUUCCUUAUAAAAAUGAAAUUAAACCUAUGCUCUCUUAAUUCUUUUAUAUUCUAACAAUAAAUAAAAAGAAAAGAUUACUGACUGUGCACUGUACCUGUAUUUAUAGCUUAUGGUUGCUAUCAGAAAGCUCUGUAGAAAAACAAAGAUCAGCCUCCAGGCAAACCACUAGCGGAGGUUUUACAUUUGUUUGCACAUCUCAGUAUACUCCUGUUAAGGUAAAGUUUGCACAGUCAUCUGACUCCUGAUUGAAUGAUAGACUUCAACUUGUAUAAGUUUUGUUUUAAAUACCAGUAGUAUGGCUCUUGUCUAUUGCUAAUCUUGACUUUAUUCUGUGGUAAAUCUUGGAGCUUUUGAGUAUCUUUGAGAUUGAUUGAAUUCAACUUACAUUGAACUGAAAACUGUCUUAAUUUUUCCGCUGUAAAUGAACUAUUUUUGUUACAAAGCCACUGAUAUGUGCACAAUUGUAACUUUACUCAAAUACUUUGUGGUUGUAAAUAAUAGAGUUUAAUCUGUGCUCUACUUUUAUUUAGCAGUUAUCUAAGAUAACUUUAUUAUUUCAUCAAUGUUAUUUGAAUUUGGGAUACUAGGAGCCUCCUUCUAGGGACUUUGCCUAGGUAGCAUGUCCUGACAUUUGUUCUUGUCUUGCAUAACAUUAGUAAUUUUGUCAUUAUAUGUAACUUUGUUGUUCUGUAUGGCAUAAUAUUGUAUCCAUAAACAUGGUAAUUUUGAUACAGUUAUACUUUUACAGUGGUACAUGAUCCAAGGACUAGUAUAGAAUUAAGCUGAGGGCAAGAUGAGGGAGGGAAUGGUUCUGUUCUUGGUGAUUUAGAUGUGAAACCUCUACAGAUCUAUCAUGUGAAACGACAUAGGGUGGUUGUGCUACUGUAUAAUUGGGGAUAAUUCCAGGAAUUUUAAUAAGAUUUUGUAAAGAAUAUCCAGAAAAGUAGUGAACUUAUUUUCAGUAUGACAUAGAAGACAAUGUGAAUAUUUAAGGUCUGUGACUAUAGUUAAACUUCACUAAGAAUUUGAAGAAUUGUUUUGAAAUGUGGGAAUAAAGGUAAUUUUGUUGAAUCUUUAUUGGUGCUAAUGAUGGACAGUUAAAAAGAUAGCUAGUAUAUAUUGUUAUGGUCAGUACUUACUAGUACUUCCAAAAUUGAAUUUGAAAUGCUAUGUAUUAACUUUUCACUCUGUAAAUGUAAUUCUUUACAAUGACUUUAUUUAUUAAAGGGCAGUCAGUUGUGAUUUUUACAGGAUUGUGUGAGCUAUUCAAACUCUUUAACCUCUGAACAGGAUAUUAAGCUUCCAAAACCACAAAGGUGAUUAAUGCAGAAAUCCUUUUAAGUUUCAUUGCCAUUAAACAAAAACUCUUAUAAUUCAUAUUACCAUGAGUUUGCUUCAACCAUCUUAUUUGCAUAAAAUAAUUCAUCGGCCUGGUCCCAUUAGGCUUUACCAAAGAAAAAGACUCAGAUGAAUGGACAUUACUGUGAGUCUUGUAAGUAGCCAUAAAUAAACCAAAAUAAUAUCAAAUUUAGAUAUGAAAUUCCACAUGUGCAAAGUACUGUUAAGGUGAUACAUUUUUUAUGAGAUUUUUUUUAAAUAUUUGAAAUAUUAAAAAGCAUUAUCUUUAAACAUCUUAUAAAAGAGUGAUUCAUUUUUAAGUUGUCUUUUCCCUAGAUUGCAGAUUUGUUACCUUUAUGCAGAAGCACAUUGCAAACAAAGGCUUUACGUCUACCUCUUUCGACUAGUUCUCCAAUAUUGAGCUGUGCCCCCUAAAUAUUUGCCUUAGCCACUUGAAAAUGUAAUUUCAGAACCAAAGCAAAGCAGUUUUCAGCGAAACAUUCUCAGAAAGCUACUUCACAAAACAGGUAUAAUAUGUUAGUGGUUAAGUACCUAUUAGUGGUUAAGACCUUGCAAAAAGUCAUAGCAUCCAUCCCAUGUUUCUCUUUAAAAGCAGCUGAGUUUGUACCUUCAUCUUCCCCCUGUGUGUGCAGAUUCAUUCAGGUUAUUCAGUCAUUUAAAGAAAACUUCUACCAAGAUACAUGGUAAGGAAUGUCAUGGGGUGAUGCUUCUGUUGCUGUGUACCGACAGCUCAUAAUUAGUAGGUUAACUGACCUUGUUGGCCUGUCUAUCCUCUGACCUAAAGAAAACAACUACUGUAGUUGGUGUGCUUCAGAGAACCAGUGUUAAGGAUUUCUAUUACCAAUACCUUGCCUUAAAAGGUUUUAAGCACAUACUCUUUUUAUAUUUGAAAUUUUAAAUUUUUAUUCCUUAACCAACCUUAGAAAUAAACCACUGCUUAUAUAUGCAUGAAUAUUAAACAAUAUGCCCACUUGAUUGAUUAGACAUGUUAGGGUUUUUCAUAUAUGAAACAGGAUUUAUUUUUUAGCAUGGUACCACCUGUAAAAGAAUACAGUUCUGUUAACUCACCAUCCUGUUUUUAUUUUUGUUUUUACCAUCCCCAGUUUUAUCUGAACAAACAGCAGUUUCUCACCUGCCAUUGUCCUUACCUUGCUAGGUGAUUGUUUAGGAUUUUUUGCUGGGAAAAAUUGCAAGUUAUUGUUAUGAAGGACCCUUGCUUUGUUAUUUCUCUUGAUUGAGCAGUCUUUCUCAUGGGAAGCAGUAGAUUCACUGACCACAGUUAUGCAGAUAAAAGGUCAACAAAUCCCAGCCUCUGGAGAAACUUGAAUUAACCAAAUUCAAGCCCAUUUAUUAGGCAGACUAAUUCAAACAUUUUUAUACUGGAAAAGCAGUAUAUUUUGUCCCUGUCCAGUUAGAGUAACAAGUUACAAUAUCAAUGUUAAUCUGAGAAUUCACACCUAAGUUUACAUCAGAAAUCAUUGGGCAAUUUGAUCAGCUGAUAGAGAUAUAAACUAAGAAGUUUGCUUUUUUUUUUUCAAUAUGCUGAGGAUUGAACACAGCUACUUCCCCAGACCUUUUUUUUAAAGACUGGGAUCUUGCCAAGGAUCAUUGCCCGGGAUGGGCACAAACACUUGAUCUUCCUGCUUCAGCCUCCCACAGUGCUGGGAUAACAGGUGUGUGCCACCAUACCUAGCAAAAAUUUGCUUAUUUUAUUAAAAAUUUGUCUGAAACAUCUGUCUUUACAACCAAGAUGAUCUUGCCAGUGGAACUGAAAUGCUCUUAAGUAUUUUAACAUGCUUUCAUUUAUUUCAGUGUCAAUUUGGGACCAGCUUGCUUUUUCUUCUGUGACUCCUUUUUCUGUUGCAUAACUUGCCAUCAUCUGUUCUGCCUGCCAUAUUCUUUCAAUGGGUUGGUAACCAAGAUAUUAAAGGUUGCAUGGCUAGGAGCAGUUCUUGUCUUAUAAAGGUAACUUAACCUAUUUGCUUUGAUCCAUUAAUCUCAAAAGUAAAUUCCUGAGGCUAAUUUUUAUUUCCAAGUAUUGAGCAGAAACCUUGUUUAAAAGCCUAUGUGUUGCCAUUUCUAUUUAGUAGUUUAAUUUGACUUGCCUAUUAAGUACUGAGACCAUUCUUAGUGAUGAGUACAAUUCUAUUUUUUAGGAUGUGUGUUUUCAAGCAGCUUCAUUUGGUUAGAAUACCUCACAAAUACUGUGUUGUGAACAGUGAUUGGAAUUCUGUUUUCUAAAUGUACUCAGAACCCCCAAGGACAACUGAAUGGGAUGUUUGCUAAUAGAAAAUCCAGAACAGGCAUAUGUGUGUACUACCAUGAAUUAGUCUGAAUUUGAGCUUCUCCUAUAUAAGAAAUUAUUAAUAAAAUUUGUUUAUUAACAACAUAAAUUCAAGCCUCUAACAUAUCUUGUUAACAUGAGUUAGGUGUAACUUAUAGUCCCUAGAAAAAUGUGGGAAACCUGGUUUCUAAUAUAAUUGACUCUUUAUCCUAGUAACACAUAUCAUCAGGGUACAGCUUCUCGGAUUAAUUGAUUCACAAAAUUUUUUCCACAAUUCUGGUUGAAAAACAAAUUGAACGAGAACAAAAUCAAAUUUCAGUGUCAGCAUUGAACCCAACCAUUGAAUUUGAUUCAGUUCUCAUGCAGUUUGGCGUGUAACCAGAAUCAUGGGAAGAAUUAAGUUCGUGAACCAAGGCACCACUGUGUAUGGUCAAAUUCCAAUCUUAGCCCUAGUGCUUAAUAGAAGAUUGACCUUGGAUGAAUUAUUUGAUUUUUGUACCUUCAUUUCCUUCCCUAUAAACUUGCAUUACUAGUACAUUCCCUUUUAAUAUCCUUCCUGUCUCCAACCUCCCUCCCCUCCGCACACAUUUUCCUGUAUCUUCCACUUGAAAGAAAAUGAAAGCUAAUUGCAAUAACUUUAGUAAAAGAUGCAAAAGUUAUCUCAAAAAUGUAUUCAUUUAAGCCUAGAUGUAAAUAAAUUCUUUAAAUCACAUUAAGAGAUUAUGUUGGUAACAACAGUAAGGGCUUUUUCUAUAGUACAGUACUGUAGUUUUUGCUGACUGUACUGUACAGUACAGUACUAUAAUUUUAUGUUCUGUUAUACAUUAUAGUACUCCAUGUAAGAAUUGUGCAAAUAAAAGUGAAGUCAUCAA